CUUUACUGAGCUCCUGAAGUAUCUUUUUCAACAACGGCUGCGUUUGGGGGACUAAAUUUAGCCUAAAGUUUGGGGGUUUUUUUUCGCGGUUAUUAUGAGUUUGACGUGACAAAUAAACUUGGAGGUUUGUUCAUUGCUUUUGUUGGAAGUAUAAAGUAGAAACUUCCAGGUUAAAUCUGGGAGGAUGCGUGCAGCCAAUGGAGCGCUGACUGUAUGGAUGUAGCUGAGGCACGAUGCUAGCAAGCUAACUGGCUACAGAGAGUUGGGUUAUAUGACACCAUGCUUAAAGUGAUCAGCCCUCUGUGAAUGCGGCCACUCCUCUUCAGAAAGCAGCGCGUUCUCAAAGGGCGAGUCGCUCAUUCCUGUCAGGACUCCACACCGCUCACAUUCUUCCUGACAUUCAAGUCACGGAUUCUCAGGAGGAUAAUUUCUCCUUGAUUCUGGUGGUUUUUCUUAAAUUUCCCACAAACUAAACUUAAACCAGAAAGUGGGAAACUAACAACUUCUAAUGGCCUAAAACAGAUGAUCAGACUUCUGUGAUUUAUUUGACAUGGUGUGGCUGUUAUCUUUUGCUUCAACUGAAAACUAGUAACAACAAGUGGAUCUACUGACAUGGAAGUCACUGGAGAAAUCAGCGACACUGACAGCGGCAUCAUCCUUCAUUCAGGCUCCGACAGUCCAACUACGCAUGCAAAGGACGUGACCACACACACACGGGCCAUGAAGCUGAAACACCAGGCUCUCCAAGACCGGCUGGAGAUUUGCAUACUGGAGCUAAAGAAGCUCUGCAUCCGAGAGGCUGAGCUGACAGGUCAGCUGCCAAAAGAUUACCCCUUGCUACCAGGAGAGAAGCCUCCUCAGAUUCGCAGACGCAUCGGAGCUGCGUUUAAACUGGAUGAGCAGAACAUCCCUCAGGGAUCGGGGAACUCAGAACUGAGUUUGGUGGAUGCUGACUUAGCACUUCAGAUGAAGAUUUACGAAGCUGCUCGCAAGCUCUCUGAGGAAAAUCACCUGAGCAAGGCUGUCAGGAGGAGUCGGAUACUGCAGUGCAAAACGCAGGAAAAGAAACUGAAGAAGCUGCAGGAGAUGGCCUUUCAGCUGCGACUGGAGUGUGGCCGAUCAUCGCCACUCCCUAGUUUUAAAGUUACACAACAAGAUCUUGGCACGUCUGAUAGCUCUUUAUCUGAUUCUGUGGUGCAAGAUGAAGAAGUUACAAGCCAGUUCUUGCAGCCAUCCUCAGGGCUUCUGUACCCGGGGGAAACAGAUCCUCCCCAGCCUCUCACCAUGACCACACAUUCCUCCAUCGACGGCUCCUACGUGUCUUCAUCUGUGGCUCCACAGUCCCCGCUGUCUAACCCCUGUCAGUCUCCUUGUCCCAGCUUUGACUCCAAUUUGAGUUUUAACUCCAACCCUGCAUACGACCUUCCUCCCAUCCAGCACUCCCCAUGGUCGGAGUCUAGUCUUGACCAGCCUUACCAGAAGAGCAAGAAGUCACGUUCCUCCAGCACAAUGAGUACUCCAGCCAAAUCUGAAGUGUUGCCACCGUUGGAGGCUUGCUUACCUCAACAACUCUCCCAUAUGACAUUGAGUCGCACCCCGUCCAACAGCACCCCCUCCACACCAGAGCUGCGUGUCCACAGACAGCUGUCCCUCAGGGUGUCCAAUCCUGAAUCCUCAUUUUAUAAGGAACGUGGUCGCACCAGAGGUCCCAGGCGACGACUGACAGAAUACCAAAUAACAUUACCAGAAGCUCAUUCUCCUACAAUGGGCUACAGCAGCCAUGCAAGCUCUGAGGAUAGCAGCUCUGAACACUCCUUUUCUAUUCACAGCAACUCCCCGUAUCAGGAGUUCCCCUCUCAUUCACGCAGACAAUAUCAGACUGCAUUCCUCCUUGUCGGCCCAGAAGGCAGCUAUGGACCUCAAGGUCUCCCUCCCACUGGCUUUCAUCGUAAUCCCAGGUCUCUAAUGAGCCCUGUGCUUCCGAGACCCUAUUACAAUGAAGAAAUGGUCUACAGCCCUGACAUGGAUCUGGCUCGGAUCCAUGUCCCGCAACAAAUGCCUUGCACCCCCAACAGAUAUGACUGUUAUUAUAGAGAUGCUGCUAUACCCCACCAGAGAGCACAGAGGCCUUUGCCUCCUGAUAUCAGACUCACCCCCCCACCACAGUUGGACAAAAUACACUACCUCUCUAACGUUCACCCACGCCAUAUAGUGAAUGAGCACCUGAAGUCCUGGCACCGCCGCAGUCAAUUCCAACCACCAAGGUCUCGCUCUCUGGACAGACAGGGAGCAGUCAGGCUGAAAAAUAUGUCAGCUCAAGAGUCCGCUUGCUACCAGAAUCACAAAUACCACGACCAAGUUAUCCAAAGAGGAGCGGUGCAGAGAGCUGCAGAAGAAGCUCCAGAGCACUGGCUGAUAGACGAUGGCUCCCACUACAUGAGUCAAGUGUGAAAAUCAGACUGAUUAAUUCACUAACUGCAGUUUUACACGUUGAACUAAAGUACAAUGGUCUGAAAAUUAAUUGUAGUGUUGAAAUGUAUUCUAUCUCCUUGUCUCAUUUGAGCACCUAAAAUGAGGAUAACAUUUAGAACAUCUUCCCAACAGAAAUUCCCUAAGGGUCAUAGUUUCCUCAGCAGGGUUGAACAUGCUGCGGAUGUUUAGAUUUGGUUUAGCAUUAAGGUCUUAUCUCUCUACUUAAUGGUACCAUGCCGAGGGAAUGGAGUCUCUCUGCUGCUGCUUGUCCUGUUCAGUCUGACACCAUGACUACUGCCAGCUCAGACAUGUUUCUGUCAUUAAACACAUAAAUGUUUUGUAUGUGGAGCAGCUAAAUGAUAGCAUAAAGACAACAGGAUCUCCUGCAAAAGAAUCUCUGUUUGUUGUUGAUCAACAAAAUUGUUUGUUUUAAAAAAAUGUUACAUCCUUAAACUGUCAAAAUGUAUCACAUGAAUUAUGGAAUGCCGGUACAAUGCUUUAGGUACUUUAGUGUUUGUGUGAGGAUGUACAAAGAAAAGUCACAUUUUUUCCUAGUAGAUGGGAGAUGAUGUCCUCCUUUUCAACCUGUUUUAGGGAAAUAAUCAACUAUAUAAUAAAAAUUAAAGGCAUAUCUUUAGACAUAAUCCACGUUAAUGAACUUGAGCUGCCUGUAGACAGCAUCUUGAGACUGAGCUCUUUCUUGUGUGUUUUACAGAGAAAUGUGACUGUGUUUCUUAGGCUGCCCUGACUAACUUGAAUGACUAAACCACUCAGAUAGUUAAACCAAGGUACUAACCUAAUCAUAUGACGACAAAAGUAGCAAAGUGAUACAAAAGUCGAAACUGAAUCUCUUGGCAGCUAUUCAGAGGUCGAACUAAAAUUCAAAUCCUUACAGCUUUAACUUUGUUUUUUUAUGUUCUGUUUCAUGCACCACAAAUAAUCUGACUACCAGUGGUUGCCUAACAAUACCAUCAUCUCUUAACCUAGUAAAUAUUUAACUGCUAGACAAGUUGGGGAAGAAGAUUCAAGUGAAAGUUUCAGCUGCAUCCUUUUGUCUUGAAUUUAAUGUGGUUUGCACCCCGAAAACCACAGACAGCUAGAACUUGAAAUCAAAACAAACAUGGACCAGAGUAUAUAGAACAAAUCUAGUGUCGUCGUUUUUAUAUAUAAAUAUAUAUAAAUAUAUUAAAUAGAACACAGUCAUGUUACCUUGUGUGCCUCUUGUUUUUUUACUGCCUUUUUUUUCUAUUUAUCUGUGUUUGCACUUACCAUUUGGUAAAUGUGUUGCUGUUUAACAAAACCUCUGAUUUUGGUUUACCUAUGGAAGUAAACAAAUAUUUGAAUGUAA